AUGUCGCUUUUUGAAGGCCACCGAUUUCUGAUCAUCCAGUCGGCCGCGCUAAGCGCCGCAAAAGCAGACGCCAUCCGCAAACACAUUCUAAGCGCUGGGUUUGACGACGAAUCCGCCAUUGUCACCAAGAAGGACAGCGAGCUGAUCCCGUUGUCUAAUGAUAAGCUCGUGAAUAUCACGCUGAUCGUGUCCAACACGACGGAUUUCGUCGAGUACCAACUCGCCGAGGAGCUGAUGAUCCCCGUCGUGCGGGAGGACUGGGUGUUGGACUCCAUCGCGGCCAAUCUGAUCGAGACCCUGAGACCGUACUCUCCCGACCCCAAAUACUUUCUGAGCAGCGUGAGCGUGUGCUGCGCAGCGUCCGUGUGCCAGGGCGACCAGGACGCCGUUUUCAGCGCGGUGCGGUCGUUUGGCGGGAUCCACACCGACCUGCUUUCGCGCAGAACCACCCAUUUGGUGGCUGUUGAUCUGGACGACGAGAAAUGCCAAAUGGCAGCCGCGUUCAACCAGGCGUGCGAGAAAGAGGCGAUCCUGAUUGUGCGCCCAGAAUGGGUGUUUGACAGCAUUGUGUCCAAACGCAAGCUGCCGGAGUCGCCGUACGCCGUCAAUACCAGAGACUCUGCGGCAGAGCCAGUCUCGUCCAGCCUGUUCAAGGGGCAGACAUUCUUCCUUAGCGAGGACUUCAAUCUGUCCAGUCGUGUUUUGUCGGCAAUAAGAGCGCUUGUCGAACAGAACGGCGGCACGGUCGGCAUGGAGUCGCGCGCAAAUUGCUGUCUGGCCAAGUACAGAGCAGGCGAGAUCUACCAACUGGCAUUGGACGAGAAAUGGGCCCUGGGCAACCUCAACUGGCUGUUCUGGAUGGUUUUGCACCAGGAAUGGAUUUUCCCCGGCAAGAAACUGCUGCACUACCCGUAUCCAAACACCCCGUUACCCGAAAUGGAGAACGUGGUGGUUUCCGUGACACAUUACCGUGGAGACUCGAGACUAUAUCUGCAGCAGCUGGUGGAGAUUAUGGGCGGACAAUUCACCAAGAGUUUGCGACAGUACACCACCACGCAUCUGGUGGCGGCAAAACCGACUGGCGACAAGUACAAGUUUGCACAGGAAUGGGGGAUCAAGUGUCUGAACCAUCUGUGGCUGGAAGAGUCGUAUGCUAAAUGGGAGCUGCAGGACGAUUCAAGUUCUCGGUACCAGGUGUUGGGCGAUAAGCUCCCGGUCUCGCAGUCUGUGGGCCACGUGAGUCUUGAGGUGCAGUCGCAGAAACAUGCAGCCGACUCGCAGCUGGAGGAUAUCACCAAUUCGCAGGAUGUUCCACGAAAAAAACAGAAAACGGUGCCAAAACCGUACGAGAUUACAGCUAUUUUGACCGGUUGCGAUAAGGAAUUCUCAGCGUCCGAUCUGCGUAACCUCAACAAGGUAGGAAUCAAGGUUAUCGAACAGCCAAACAGUUCGUUGAACUGUAUCAUUGCUCCAGGAGUUUUACGAACAGAAAAGUUCCUCAAGUCGUUGAGCAAGAGUCCAAAACAUAUUCUCUCGCCUAAAUUCCUCACGGACGUUCUGUCUAUCCUGGAUAGCCACAAGAAGAUCGAGGAUUUCGAUAAGUCCAAGCCGAAACUCGAAAAAUACAACAUUUCGAAAUCCAUCAAGUUCAAGACCGACCCAAAGAUGAAGGAGCUGUUCUUGGAUCCGGGUUUGGGAGCACAGAAUAUCACCAACUUGCUACAAAACUCCAGCCCUGACUUGUUUGAGUCAGCCGAUUUCUACAUCUCAACCACUAUCCCAGGAGGUCCAGACUUGAUCAGUAGUAUUAUCAAGUCGUUUGGGUGUCUGACCUGUGCGGUGGUUGACAAGAAGACCAAGAGCCUGCCGAAACUGGUAGCUCAGGCCAGAUACCUCUUGUGCGAGGCCAAGGACACGCAAUUGCAGAACCAGUUCAGGAAGCUGGCAGCCGACGACCGGUUUCGGAUCGUGGAGUGGAAUUGGGUGGUGAUGUCCAUUUUCAACGCCCAGCUGGUGGAUAGACAUAUAAUUGAUGAAAAUUAA